GGGAGGUUACACUAUAUUUUUUGUAAGUUAUUUGGUAAGUUUUUCCAAGCUGCCAUUAAUACGCAUGUUCAAGUUUUUUUUAUUUCUCAGCUUUAGGGGUCCCUUUCCUUAUUGCUACAAUUAUUACCCUUUGUAAAUCAUAUUUAAUUUGUCAUUAGAAGCCAUAAAAAGUUACAGCAAAACGCUGUCUCUUUGUUCCCUUUCUUUCCUUUAUACUUUAGUACAGUGUAGUGUAAUGAUUAAUAUCCCCCUUAUUAAGGUCAAAUUUUGGAUUCUUCUGCCUCUUGCUCUUCUUUUCUGAGUUGGGUUUUUUGUUUUUUUGGUUUUAAUCAAUUUUGAAGGAAGAAUCUUUGAGGGGUUGACCUAAUUUCUGUGUUUUUUUAAUUUAUUUUUUCUGGGUUGUUUUGGUAAGGUAGGUUAGUUUUGGUUACAGAUUUGGGUUUUGCUUGUUUAAGCAGUUUGUUUUGUGAUUGGAAUGAACUGGGUUUUGCUUCUUUACUCGUUGAUUUGCUCAAAUUUAGGGUGAAUUUACAUUAAAAAUGGGUGAUUUUGUUGAGGUUUAGGGUUGAUUUUGAUGCAGAGUUGCUCAGUAAAGAGGCUACAUUUGAGUUUGUGUUGAAAUUUUUAGGUUUUGGUAAAUUUGAUUUGAAGGGUGCUUAUUUGUGUUCUCUGAAGAAGGGAGCGAGUUACUGUCACUUUGAUUUUUGGACUGCAUUGUGGAAAAAAUGGCUUGUGUGAAGUUGGGAUCUAAGAGUGAUGCAUUUCAGAGAAAAGGGCAGGCAUGGUUCUGCACAACUGGUCUUCCAAGUGAUAUUGUCGUUGAAGUUGGAGAAAUGUCAUUCCAUCUCCACAAGUUUCCUUUACUCUCACGGAGUGGUGUCAUGGAAAGAUUAAUUGCUGAAGCUGUUGAAGGAGAAGAGGGUUCUGUUAUAAGCUUAAGUGAUCUGCCUGGUGGAGCUAAAAUGUUUGAACUUGUUGCAAAGUUCUGUUAUGGAGUGAAACUUGAACUUACAUCCUCAAAUGUUGUAUACUUGCGCUGUGCUGCUGAACAUCUUGAAAUGACUGAAGAGUAUGGAGAAGGUAAUCUGAUUUUUCAAACAGAAACAUUCUUAACUCAAGUGGUCCUUAAAAGUUGGAAAGAGUCUUUGAGAGCUCUCCAAACUUGCGAUGACAUACUUUCCUUUGCUGAUCAACUCAACAUUACAAAGAGAUGUACUGAAGCAUUGGCUGUCAAGGCAAGCACUGACCCCAAUCUAUUUGGCUGGCCUGUUGUGGAGCGUGGUGGCCCAAUGCAAAGUCCUGGUGGCAGUGUUCUGUGGAAUGGCAUUAGCACAGGUGCUAGACCUAAAAAUUCAAGCUCGGAUUGGUGGUAUGAUGACGCAUCAACUUUGAGCUUCCCUCUUUACAAGAGGCUGAUAUCAGUCAUGGAAUCUCGGGGCAUCAAAUCAGAGAUUAUUUCUGGCUCCAUUGCUUAUUAUGCUAAAAGAUAUCUACCUGGACUGAACCGGCGGCAAGGUGAUUCCAGCUCCCGUCUUGGGCCGCCAUCUAUGUCAAGUCCACCGUCUGAAGAAGACCAGAGGUUAUUCGUUGAAGAGAUUGACCAAUUGCUUCCCAUGCAGAAGGGGCUUGUCUCAACCAAGUUCCUUUUUGGCCUCCUUCGUACUGCCAUGAUACUUCGAGCAGACUCAGCUUGCAUAUCAACCUUGGAAAAGAGAGUUGGAAUGCAGCUUGAUCAAGCCAAUUUGGAAGACCUUUUAAUGCCUAACUUUUCUUAUUCAAUGGAAACUCUAUAUAAUGUGGAUUGCGUACAGAGGAUUCUUGAGCAUUUCCUCAUCAUGGAUCAGGCAAAUGGGGAUGCCUCCCCUUGUUCCAUUGAUGAUGGACAAUUGAUAGGCUCACCUUCUUUGACCCCUAUUACAAUGGUUGCUAAAUUGAUUGAUGGGUACCUUGCUGAGGUGGCACCUGAUAUUAAUCUAAAACUUCCUAAAUUUCAAGCCCUUGCUGGAGCUGUUCCGGAGUUUGCAAGGCCCUUGGAUGAUGGCCUUUAUCGUGCUAUUGACAUAUAUCUUAAGUCUCAUCCUUGGUUAUCAGAAGCAGAGAGAGAACAGUUGUGUAGGCUAAUGGAUUGUCAGAAAUUAUCCUUGGAAGCUUGUACCCAUGCCGCCCAGAAUGAGAGGUUGCCUCUAAGAAUAGUAGUACAAGUCCUCUUCUUUGAGCAGCUCCAGCUAAGAAAUUCGAUUGCUGGCUGCUUUUUGGUUUCAGAGAAUCUUGAAGGCUCCAGACAGUUGAGAAGUGGCGUUGUUGGAUCCAAUGAAGGAGGUUGGGCUACCGCAGUGAGAGAGAAUCAGGUAUUGAAAGUUGGAAUGGACAACAUGAGAAUGCGGGUUUCUGAGCUUGAGCAGGAGUGCACAAACAUGAGAAAUGAAAUUGAAAAACUUGGUCGAGGUAAGAGUUCAAGUGCUUGGGGCAAUGUGUCCAAGAAGUUGGGUUUCAGGCUGAAGUCUCAAAUGUGCAGUGCUGAAGAAGGGUCAGUCAGUAACCAAAGUAGCGUUGUAAGUGGAAAAAUUGAAAAGUUGAAGGAAAAGCCAGGGAAGCUCAAAAAGAACUUGUAAUUUUUCUCCUCUUUCUCAUCCUAGCCGCUGCCUCCAUUUCUAUCAAUUCCUUCAUUUAUUUUUGGAAGCCCGAGCAAACUUCACUGCUAACCAUCUUUCUAUCUUGUGAACUGGAGCAGAAUCUCCCAGAUUGUGUAUUAGUGAUUCUACAUUCCUUUCCCAUCUUUACCAGUGACCACGUCUUUGUAAUGAAGUGGACUACAUACAUACAAGCUGUAUUAAUCUCGUUGAGUUACAUGUGCAUUCUCCUUAGGACAUCUAUUGUAAUGAAAAAAAAUAAAAAAAAAUCUGUUUCUGCUAGUUGAUUAAAGCUUGUGAUAUAAUUUUGCUACAUUUUGUGGACGAACAAAGCUUGUAUUUGCAGUUGGUUGCUUGAAGCUGUUAUUUCACAGCUUUUACCCUAUUACUCCA